UGACGCCUUAAUGGAAGAAGCUUUUUUGCACAAAGCGCACGUCGACCAUACGAUCUCCUUGAACGCUCGCACACGUCGGCCUGUCGCGUUGAGUGGACAGUUCGUGGUGCUGACGUUGGGGCUGGCUAUAUAGGUUGGGACACACGCACUUGCAUGCGUUUUCGAACAUUCAGCUUGACAACGCUCCCUGUGCAACCUUUCUCAUAUCUCCGAAAGCUGAGCGGUCCUUACUCUUACUAGUUAGUGCUGCAUCUGAGAGAAGACGGAAACAUGUCAGACACUGUUGAACAAGUCUCUGAUGAAAUGGCCAAACUUGAGUUGAUGGAGAAGUCAGUGAAGGAUGACUUCCCCAAUUUGAGUCAGCACAACAACUACAUGGCCAAGUUUUUAACGAUGGACAUGUACAACAAGCUGAGGGCCAAGUGUACCCCCAAUGGCUUCACCAUCGAUGAUGUCAUUCAGACAGGAGUGGAUAAUCCAGGUCACCCGUUUAUCAUGACGGUGGGCUGCGUGGCUGGAGAUGAGGAGUCGUACGAAGUCUUCAAAGACCUGAUGGACCUUGUGAUUCAGGAAAGACACGGAGGUUACAGACCGUCGGACGAUCACAAGACCGAUCUGGACCCGGAACACCUGAAGGUACACCCGGUGUUACACGGAUGAUACAUUGAACGAUUUCAGGGACGAGGGGGUAAUACUUGAAAUAUUUUCUCUGCCUUCCUUUAGGGGGGCGAUGACCUCGAUUCCAACUAUGUUCUGAGCAGCCGCGUGCGAACAGGCCGAAGCAUCCGAGGUUAUUGUCUGCCGCCACACAGCAGCCGGGGAGAGAGACGGGCUGUGGAGAGGAUCUCGGUUGAAGUCCUGGAUUCCCUAACUGGAGAAUUUCAAGGGAAAUACUACGCCUUGAAGAACAUGACUGAGGAGGAGCAGCAGCAGCUGAUUGAUGACCACAUGCUGUUUGACAAGCCAGUGUCCCCUCUGCUGCUGGCCUCGGGGAUGGCUCGCGACUGGCCUGACGGCAGAGGCAUCUGGCACAAUAACGACAAGACGUUCCUGGUUUGGGUGAAUGAAGAGGAUCAUCUACGAGUGAUCUCCAUGCAGAAAGGCGGCAACAUGAAGGAAGCGUUCACUCGUUUCUGCACCGGACUCAAAGAGAUGGAAUCCUUGUUCAAAGAAAAAGGGGAGGAGUACAUGUGGAAUGAGCACCUGGGCUACAUUCUGACCUGCCCGUCCAAUCUGGGCACUGGUCUGCGUGCCGGUGUACAUGUCAAAAUUCCAAACUUGAGCCAACACCCUGAUUUUGAGGAAAUUCUUAGGCGGCUGAGGCUCCAGAAACGUGGAACUGGCGGCGUGGACACCGGUGCCGUGGAUGGCAUCUUUGACAUCUCCAAUGCUGACAGACUGGGCUUCUCGGAGGUGGAGCUGCUCCAGAUGGUGAUUGACGGGGUCAAGGUGCUGGUAGAGAUGGAGAAGAGACUGGAGAUACAAGAGCCCAUUGAAAAUCUCAUGCCCAGUGUCAAGAGUUUCUCCAAAGAUCCAGAGGAUAAGCCUCAGCCUGAGCGGAAGAGGCUUUCAGCCGAGGAGGAGUUCCCAGAGCUCAGUCGGCACAACAACUACAUGGCCAAACACUUAACCCUGGAAAUGUACCAAAAACUGAGGGCGCGAACCACAUCCAAUGACUACACCAUAGACGAUGUCAUCCAGACCGGCGUGGACAACAUCGGUGAUCCUUUUGUCAUGACUGUGGGCUGUGUGGCUGGAGACGAGGAGUCGUACGAGCUCUACAAAGACUUGCUGGACCUCGUGAUUCAGGACAAACAUGGAUACAAACCAACUCACAAGCACAAGACUGAACUCAUCCCAGAGAAAUUAAAGGUAAAGGCCUUGAUUAGAUGCACGUUGGGUACUGAUCACCUUCUCAAUGACUUGUUGUAGGGGGGUGAGGACCUGGACCCCAACUACGUUCUGAGCUCCCGUAUCCGCACCGGUCGCAGCAUCCGUGGCUUCUGCCUGCUACCCAAUUGCAGCCGAGGAGAGAGACGUGCUGUGGAGAAGCUCUCUUCUCAAGUUCUGGAGUCACUGACUGGAGACCUACAGGGGAAAUACCACCCUUUAAAGGACAUGAUGGAGGCUGAACAACAGCAGAUGAUUUACGACCACUUUUUGUUUGAAAAGCCCACGUCUCCUCUGCUCCUGGCCGCCGGCAUGGCUCGUGAUUGGCCUGAAGGCAGAGGAAUCUGGUGUAACGAAUUCAAGACAUUCCUGGUGUGGGUGAACGAGAAGGACCAUCUGAGGGUGAUCUCCAUGCAAAAAGGCGGCAACAUGAAGGAAGUGUUCACUCGCUUCUGUCUUGGACUUGCAGAGAUGGAGUCCUUGUUCAAGAAGAAAGGCUAUGUGUUUAUGCGCAACGAGCACCACGGCUACAUCACCACUUGUCCGUCCGACUUGGGAAGUGGUCUGCGUGCCAGUGUUCACGUGAAGCUGCCGAACCUGAGCAAGCACCCAGAUUUUGACGAGGUUCUGAAGAGACUGAGGCUGAAGAAAUGUGGAACAGGUGGCGGGGACUCGGCCGUUGUGGACGGAGUCUUUGACAUCUCCAACAAGGACAGACUGGGUUACUCCGAAGUGAAACUCGUCCAGAUGGUGGUGGACGGGAUCAGGGUGCUGGUCGAAAUGGAAAAGAGGCUGGCAAUGGACGAGCACAUUGACGAUCUCAUGCCUAGCGGCGUCCGGCUGAAGGGACUGACGACUACGGACGAGUUUCCUGAUCUCAGGAAGCACAAUAACCACAUGGCCAAAAUACUAACUUUGGAGAUGUAUAAGAAGCUGAAGGAUCGUACAACUCCCAAUGGCUUCACCAUUGAUGAUGUCAUCCAGACGGGCGUUGAUAAUCCAGGCCAUCCCUUCAUCAUGACCGUUGGGUGUGUGGCUGGAGAUGAGGAGUCAUAUGUGGUCUUCAGAGACCUGCUGGAUCUCGUGAUUGAAGCCAGACAUCGAGGUUUCAAAGCCAAAGACAAUCACAAGACCGAUCUCAACCCAGACAAUCUGAAGGUCGAGCACUUUUUCCCCUUGACAUUUGGACCGCAGAGAAAAACUUCUUGUGUGAUGCUUCAGGGAGGUGAUGAUUUGGACCCAGAGUACGUUCUGAGCGCCCGAGUACGAACCGGCCGUAGCAUCCGCGGGUUCUGCUUGCCGCCGCUGUGUAGCCGUGGAGAGAGGCGUGCGAUUGAGAAGCUUUCUGUCGAAGCACUGGACUCUCUGAGUGGCGACCUUCAGGGAAAAUACUACGCCUUGAAGAACAUGACGGAGGAGGAGCAGCAGCAGCUCAUCAAUGACCACUUGCUGUUUGACAAGCCAGUGUCCCCUCUCCUGCUGGCCUCAGGGAUGGCCCGUGACUGGCCUGACGGCAGAGGCAUCUGGCACAACGACAGCAAGACAUUCUUGGUGUGGGUGAACGAGGAGGACCAUUUGCGAGUCAUCUCCAUGCAGAAAGACAGCAACUUGAAGGAAGUGUUCACUCGCUUCUGCAGCGGACUCAAAGAGAUCGAGUCCUCCAUCAAGCAGAAAGGUGAAGCGUUUAUGCGGAACGAGCACCUUGGCUACAUCCUGACGUGCCCGUCCAACCUGGGCACUGGUCUUCGUGCCGGCGUACAUGUGAAGCUACCAAACAUGAGCAAGCAUCCUGAGUUUGAGGAGGUUCUUCGAAGGUUGAGACUCCAGAAACGUGGAACCGGUGGUGUGGAUACAGAUGCUGUGGAUGGGGUCUUUGACAUCUCCAAUGCGGACAGGCUCGGUUUCUCUGAAGUGCAGCUGGUCCAGAUAGUGGUGGACGGCAUCAAGCUGCUCGUGGAAAUGGAGAAGAGGCUAGAGAAGGAGGAGCCCAUCGACGACCUAAUGCCAGCUGACCUUCAGAUGACUGUCUUUUCUUCAAAGGAUGAGUUCCCAGAUCUCAGUCAGCACAACAACCACAUUGCCAAGUUCUUAACCCUUGAAAUGUACAAGACGCUGAGGCAACGGUGCACCCCCAAUGGCUUCACCGUCGAUGAUGUUAUUCAGACAGGCGUGGAUAAUCCAGGUCACCCCUUUAUCAAGACGGUGGGCUGCGUGGCCGGAGAUGAGGAGUCAUACAACGUCUUCAGAGGCUUGAUGGACCUUGUGAUUCAAGACAGACACGGAGGAUACAAACCCACAGACAUGCAUAAGACUGACCUUAAUCCGGGCCACCUGAGGGGGGGCAAAGACCUCAACCCCAAAUACGUUCUGAGCUGCCGGGUCCGAACAGGCCGCAGCAUCCGUGGCUUCUGCCUGCCGCCGCUCUGCAGCCGUGGAGAAAGACGUGCUCUGGAGAAGCUUUUCAUUGGAGCUCUAGACACACUCACUGGAGAAUUUCAAGGGAAAUACUACACCUUGAAGAGCAUGACUGAGGAGCAGCAGCAGCAGCUCAUCAAUGACCACUUCCUGUUUGACAAGCCAGUGUCUCCCCUGCUGGUUGCCUCCGGGAUGGCCCGUGACUGGCCUGACGGCAGAGGCAUCUGGCACAACGACGACAAAACGUUCCUGGUGUGGGUGAAUGAGGAAGACCAUCUGCGAGUGAUUUCCAUGGAGAAGGGUGGCAACAUGAAGGACGUGUUCACUCGCUUUUGCACCGGACUCAGAGAGCUCGAGGCUGUGAUCAAGGAGAAAGGUGAGGCAUUCAUGUGGAAUGAUCACCUUGGCUACAUCUUGACCUGCCCUUCCAACCUGGGCACCGGUCUGCGUGCCGGUGUGCACGUAAAGCUUCCAAACAUGAGCAAGCACCCCAAGUUUGAGGAGAUUCUCAAGAAGCUGAGGCUCCAAAAACGUGGAACAGGUGGUGUGGACACAGCUGCGGUGGGUGGAGUCUUUGACAUCUCAAACGCCGACAGACUGGGCUUCUCUGAGGUGCAGCUUGUCCAAAUUGUCAUCGAUGGCGUUAAGUUGCUGGUGGAGAUGGAGAAGAAGCUGGAAAAGGGUGGCUCCAUCAACAACCUGAUGCCUGGCAAACUUCGCUUGAAGAAGCAUUCGCCCGAGAAGGACUUUCCAGAUCUGACGAUGCACAACAACUACAUGUCCAAGUUCUUAACACUGGACCUGUACAAAACACUGAGUGAGCGGAAAACUCCUUAUGGCUUCACCAUCGACCGGGUCAUCCAGACAGGUGUAGAUAAUCCAGGCAACCCGUUCAGUAUGACGAUGGGCUGUGUGGCCGGUGAUGAGGAGUCCUACGAGGUUUUCAAAGAACUCUUUGACUUUGUCAUUGAGGAUAAACAUGGUUACAAGACAACCGACAUGCACAAGAGUGAUUUCAACCCAGACAGCCUUGCGGGGGGCGACGACCUCGACCCCAACUACGUUCUGAUUUCCCGCGUCCGAGCCAGUCGCAACAUUCGCAGCUUCUGCUUGCCGCCACAUUGCACUCGUGGAGAAAGACGUCUUCUCAGGCAGCUCUUCGCCGAAGUUCUCGGAUCGCUGAGUGGAGACCUGAUGGGGAGCUACGUGCCAUUGAAGACCCUUUCAGAAGAUGAGCAGCAGCAAAUGAUCGAGAAGCACUUGCUGUUUCCCAAACCGGUGUGUCCUCAGCUGGUUGCCUCGGGGAUUGCCCGUGACUGGCCUGACGGCAGAGGCGUCUGGCACAAUGAAGCCGAUACCUUCUUGGUGUGGGUGAACGAAGAGGAGCAUCUCAAAGUGAUUUCCGUUGAGAAAGGUGGCAACAUGAAGGCGGCGUUUAGUCGCUUCUGCAGGGGAAUUCAAGAGUUGGAGUCCAAACUCAAGGAGAAAGAGCUUGGAUUCAUGUGGAAUGACCACUUGGGCUUCAUCUCAACCUGCCCAUCCAACCUGGGCACUAGUCUCCGUGCCGGUGUGAUUGUCAAGCUGCCACACCUGAACAAACGCCCGGAGUUCGAAGAAGUUCUUAAGCGGCUGAGGCUUGAGAAACGUGCAACUGGCGGGGCGAACACCGAGCCAGAUAAUGGACUCUUUGACAUCUCCAACACUGACAGAAUGGGUUUCACUGAGGUGCAGCUCGUGCAGAUGGUAGUUGACGGUGUAAAAGUUGUGGUGGAGAUGGAGAAGAGGCUUGAGAUGGAAGAAAGUAUUGAUGACUUGAUGCCCAUCCAGAAGUAGAAGCACUGACAAGCAAAGCAUUCUGUGACAUCUGGUGUUGAUGUUUUGCUUGCUUUCUUUCUUUAGCACAGUUGUGAAACUGUUGAGACAAAACUGAAAUAAAGUCAUGGCAAGAGU